AUGCGUUUCGGCAAGACCCUCGCCGACUCCGUCUACCCGCCAUGGAAGGACAAAUACCUCGACUACGACAAGAUUAAGAAGCUGUUGCGGGAGGAUGAGACCUCUCCGCAAGGACGUGGUGGUGAAGGCAGCUGGACUGAACAAGACGAGGAGAACUUCGUCCAUGAGCUCACGGCAGUGCAGCUGGAGAAGGUCAGCCAGCACCAGGCCAAUAUCUUCAAUGCCAUACGAGAGCGAGCCGCCGCAUGCGAGGCUAAGCUGCCGGAUUCCGAACACGAAGAUGAAAAGAGUGAGGAGGAGUGGAAGGCCAUUGCAAAAGACCUAUUGAAAGAGCUGGACAGCAUUUCCAGGGAGCUCAACGAACUUAGGAAAUUCAGCCGUAUCAACUACACUGGGUUCUUGAAGGCGGCUAAGAAACAUGACCGUAAGAGGGGUCUCAAGUACAGAGUCCGGCCUAUGCUGCAGGUCCGCCUGUCUCAGACACCCUUCAACCAGGAGGACUAUUCGCCGCUGCUGUACCGUCUGUCUGCCAUGUACUCUUGGGCUCGCCAAAAGCUUGGAGAAGAGAAUCCGUCCAAGGAGCCGACGUCAGAUGUGACGCCGACCGAAACAUAUACAGCCCACAAAUAUUGGGUGCAUGUGGACAACCUCCUCGAGGUCAAGACAUAUAUUCUACGCCGGCUUCCAGUCCUGGUCUACAACCCGCAAUCGGCCAAGGAGGUGGAUACCUCUCACAAAGAUCCGUCCAUGACCUCGAUAUAUUUCGACAACCACAACUUCGACCUCUACCAGAGUAAAGUGGACAAGAGUACACCCGGCAACUCCGUGCGCCUGAGGUGGACUGGUCAGCUCGAAGACAAGCCUGAAAUAGUGUUGGAAAAGAAAUUGGUUGGUGAUGGCAUUGAAAGCAAAGAGAUCAGGGUCCCCAUCAAGGAGAAAUAUAUCAAUCCGUUCCUGAAUGGUGAAUAUAAGAUGGAAAAGCAGAUUCAGAAACUCGAAGACCGUUUGGGUUCCGAGUCGGAAGAGGUCAAGACUUUCAAGGCCAAUGUCAAGGAGAUCCAGUCUUUCAUCAAAGAGAAGGAGCUGGAGCCGGUACUGCGAGCUAGUUACACCCGCACCGCCUUCCAGAUUCCCGGCGAUGACCGAAUCAGGAUAUCGCUGGAUACCGACCUUGCCUUCAUUCGUGAAGACGCCUUGGACACUGACCGCCCAUGUCGUGAUCCGGAUGACUGGCAUCGAUCCGAUAUCGACCAGAGUCGAAUGGAGUACCCAUUCCCCUCGAUCAAGAAGGGUGAGAUCAGCCGGUUUCAACACGCAGUCCUUGAGAUCAAGGUCAAGGAUACCAAGUAUACUAGAAAUAACGCCUGGCUCCACGACCUGAUGAAUUCCCACCUGGUGAAGGAGGAGAAGAGGUUUUCCAAGUUUGUGCAUGGCGUGGCAGAGCUCUUUGAGGAUUACGUCAACAUCUUUCCCUUCUGGUUGAGCGAUCUGGAGACGGACAUCAGAAGGGAUCCGGUAGCAGCUUAUCAAGAAGAGCAGGAAAGGGAAGCCAAACAAGCUGCAGACGAGAUGGCCGUUGGAAGCUACCUGGGGAGUUCGCGGUUAUCAUCCUCCAAGGGGAAGUUCGGAUCGCCCAGCAAAUACCCCGAGCAAAGAAUGUCCGGUCAGAUCUCUCAGUCUGUCCGAUCUUCACGACUGAAAUCGGUUGACCAGCUCGAAGCAACAGCUGAAGAAGACGACCAUGACGAAGGCCUUGCUGAUAGUCGAGCCACGCUCAACGAGUCUUCAGGAGGUGGCUUGCUAUCGUUGCUCCCAGCCUUCUCCAACUCCCGUUAUGCUCGUCGUCAUCGUCGGGGCACUGCAUGGGACGAUGCACCGUUGCCCCCUGGCGUCAAACACCCGGGCGUCUGGAUCAAAGACAGAGCCGAUCUCAAGGUUGAAGGCAAAGUCUGGCUUGCGAAUCAGAGAACAUUUAUCAAGUGGCAACACAUCGCCGUACUGCUGGCGACGCUGUCCCUCGGUCUCUAUAAUGCCGCAGGGGUCAACAACAACAUUGCUCGCAUUCUGGCACUGGUCUACACCGCCUUUGCGGUCUUUGCCGGUAUCUGGGGAUGGGCUAUCUACAUGUGGCGGAGCAAACUGAUCACAGAACGGAGUGGGAAGGACUUCGACAAUGUAUUUGGCCCAUUCCUGGUAUCCAUCGGGCUGGCCUGUGCGUUGAUUCUCAAUUUCGCAUUCAAAUACACUGCUGUCGUCACAGACACGCAAAGGAAUGCCUCGGCCCUGGCGCUGGAGCAGCCUAUGGUCGAGAUGGUAUCUCUGGACGGGGUGGGAGUUGGUCUGUGGACACAGGAGCUCUAG